AUGGCCAAAAAGGACGGAUCCAAAAAGGCGGCUGCAGCGGCCCAGGCGGCGGUUGCAGCUAAUGCCAAAACAGACGAUGAGAUCGUCACAAAAUCAAAACAAAGCUCGGUGCUGGGCUCUGUGAAUGACGUGGUUGGUGCUGUUCAGGCAACCUACAAGGACUACCUCGAGACGUUAACGCCUCGCCUCAAGUUGAUCGACACGUUUUUGGUGUUUUUGGUUGCCGCGGGCGUGUUGCAGUUUGUGUAUGUUCUUUUGGUGGGAAACUUCCCCUUCAAUGCCUUUUUGGGUGGGUUUAUCUCGUGUGUGGGUCAGUUUGUGCUUACGGUGAGCUUGCGUUUGCAGUAUGCCACUGCCGACAAGGACCGUGCUAGCAGUGUGUUCAAGGCGAUAUCGCCCGAGGUGGCGUUUGGCGAGUACAUUUUUGCCUCGUUGAUUUUGCACUUUAUCGUGUUCCACUUCAUCAACUAA